UAGAGGGGAUUGUGGGAUAUCAUGUAGAGGACUAUGGCAUAUCAUGUAGAGAGGAUUGUGGGAUAUCAUGUGGAGAGGACUGUGGGAUAUGUAGAGAGGGAUGUGGUAUAUCAUACAGAGUGGGCUGAGUGAUAUCAUGUAGAGAGGACUGUGGGAUAUCAUGUGGAGCAGUGGUUCUCCUUAUGUCAGAAAUUGCUGUGCAUGUCAUCAUGUAGAGGGCUGUGUGAUAUGUAGAGAAAGCUGUGGUUGCAUUCUUAAUUUUCCUGCAGUUUCUCAGUUUAAAAUUGCUUCCAAAACCCUGAUAGAACCCUGACCUCUGUGAUGUUUUUCCCCCGUCACUGCUAGCCAAUCAAAACAUGAGACUGCUGGGAAAGAGGGAGACGAUUGGGUCUCCUGCCUUCUGCUCACUGCCACCCAAUUACCUGCACUGAAACCUGCGUUAGCCAAGCAUUCUUACAACCCCCGACCUCCACCCCCCUCAGUUACUCACCCUUUCUGCAGCACUGAGAAAUUCCCCAAAACAGUCCCGUGUGUUUACUGUAAACGUGUUUUCCUUUUCUCCCCCUCCCCAAGCGCUCGUUCAUGGUGGCUCCAGGCCUUUUCCGCGAAGUGGGGUUCCUGGAGGUGAGCCUACCUGAGCCGGGAGGGGCGGAGCUGGGCCAGGGGUUGGUGGGAUCUUUCGUGUGGGCGGGGCCAACGUCUGGAAGCGUGGGGCGGGGCUGCGUCGGGCAGCGGCGAUGUUAGCGAAUGAGCAGGCGGAAGUCCCGUCAGUCGCUCUCUCUCAUCCUCGCCGGCGCGGUGAGCAGGUUCGUGGCCCCCGCAGGAGCGAGCAGCUGAACCUUCGUCUUAAAGAGCAGCGACAGACCUGCAAAUCCACGAGCGCCUGGGCUUCUGCACCUGGCUCCAGCCGAGAGAGAGAGAGAGAGAGUGAGAGUGAGGGAGCGAGAGAGGGUGAGAGAGAAAGCGAGAAAGAAGGAACGAGAGAAGGAGUGCGGGAGAGAGGUAAAGGGACCGGGACGGAGAAAGAGGGAGAGAGUGAGAGGGAGAAAGAGGGAGUGAGAGAGAAAGGAAGAGUGCAAGAGAGAGGGAGCGAGAGAGUGGGAGCUGUUGCCUGGUUGGAGUACGGGUGCAGGGGGUGGGUGGGGAACCGCAGAAGCCCCAGAGGAGGCGAUGGCCGUCCGGCCGCGGGGGGUGUCCGCGCGCUCGGGCUCGGUCCUGGAGGAGGAGCUGUCGUGCCCGGUGUGCUGCGAGAUCUUCCGGGACCCGGUGGUGCUCAAGUGCAGCCACAGCUUCUGCAAGGCCUGCCUGCAGCAGUUCUGGCGCAGGCGCACGGCCGCGCGCGAGUGUCCCGUGUGCCGCCGCCGCUGCUCGGCGACCGAGCCGCCUGUCAGCCUGGCGCUCAAGAACGUGGCCGAGACCUUCGUGCGCGAGCAGCGGGCCGGCGACCCCGGGCGGGGCCAGCCCGGCGCCGCCUGCCCCGCCCACGGCGAGCCGCUCAAGCUCUUCUGCCGCGACGACCAGGAGGUGCUCUGCUGCGUCUGCCACACGUCCAGGAAGCACGGCGGCCACCGCGUCAGCCCCCUGGAGGAGGCCGCCCUCGACCUGAAGGAAGAACUGAAGAAAGACUUGAGCCCGCUGAAAAAGAACCUGCGAUUUCUCUACGAGGCCAAGCAGCACUGCGACGACACGACCGUGCACAUCAAGAGCCAAACGCAGCGGACGGAGCAGCGCCUGAAGGAGGAGUUUGAGCAGCUCCACGACUUCCUGCGGGCGGAGGAGGCCGCCCGGUUGGCGGCGCUGCAGGAGGAGCAGGAGAGGAAGAGGCUGGUGGUGAAGAAGAGGACGGAGAACGUCACGCGCGAGAUCCUGUCCCUGUCGCACGCCGUCAUCGCCAUCGACAGCGAGAUCGCCACCAACGACGUCCUCUUCCUCCAGAACUACAAGAACACAAAAAAAAGGGCCCAGUGCCCUGUGCAGGAUAUGGACCCGCUCCCCGGGGUGCUGAUCGAUGUGGCCAAGCACGUGGGCAAUCUGAAGUACAGAGUCUGGGAGAAGAUGCUGGGAACCGUCCAAUACUCGCCUGUGACUCUGGACCCGAACACCGCCUACGCCUGGCUGUCCCUGUCCGAGGACCUGACGAGCGUGACCACCAGCGGGACGGUCCAGAAGGUGCCGAACAACCCGGAGCGCUUCGACCACUUCGUGUUCGUGCUGGGCUCCGAGGGCUUCGGGGCGGGGCGGCACGCCUGGGAGGUGGACGUGGGCGGCAAGGAGGACUGGGUGCUGGGCGUGGUCAAGGAGUCCAUCAGCAGGAAGGGGCGUAUCUCCGGCAGCCCCGAGGGCGGCUUCUGGACCAUCUCGCACUGCGACGGCGGGUACAUCGCCAUGACGACGCCGCGCACGCCGCUGGAGCUGGAGGGCGCGCUGGAGAGGGUGCAGGUGCGGCUGGACUACGCCGCCGGGGAGGUGACCUUCUCCGACCCCGUCGGCAUGACGACCAUCUACACCUUCCGCGACCACUUCGCCGAGAGGAUGUUCCCCUUCUUCUGCCCCGGGGCCAACAUUAAGGGCAACAACGCCGGGCCCCUCCAAAUCUGCCCCGUGAAAGUGGCCGUGUGGAACAGCGCCACCUGGUGAGGGGGCAGGGUCUCAUGGCGUCACGCGCCACGCCCAUUCAACUGUAGUGUGAACAGCAGGCCAGCCGUAGGAGAUUAGAUGUUCGGUGUACAAAACUAAUCAACAUUAUUAUGAAAUUAAAAAACUGAUAUUAAUGAAUAA